CCAGGUGCUGGGGAUUCGGGGUCUGUUAGGGUUUGUUUGAGGAGGAGGAGGAGGAGGAGGAGAUGGGGAGGAGGGUGGAGAGGCUGGUGUUCGCCAUUAAUGGGGAGAGGUACGAGGUGUCGGGGGUGGAUCCGUCGACGACGCUGCUGGAGUUUAUACGCACGCGGACGCGCUACAGAGGGCCCAAGCUCGGAUGCGGAGAAGGUGGCUGUGGAGCUUGUGUUGUUCUUCUAUCAAAAUACGAUCCCACCACAGACCAAGUCGAAGAAUUUUCUGCGAGUUCGUGCCUUACACUCCUUUGCAGUAUAAAUUUCUACUCAGUUACAACCACCGAGGGUCUUGGAAAUGCUAAGGAUGGUUUCCAUUCAAUUCACCAAAGGAUGGCCGGCUUUCAUGCCUCGCAGUGUGGUUUUUGUACCCCCGGAAUGUGCAUGUCCCUUUUCUCUGCCGUUGUUAAUGCAGACAAAAAGACUGAUAGACCUGAGCCGCCAAAUGGGUUCUCCAAGCUUACGGUCUCCGAGGCGGCGAAGGCUAUUCAAGGUAAUUUGUGUCGAUGCACUGGUUACCGACCCAUUCUAGAUGCUUGCAAGAGCUUCGCAGCUGACGUAGAUUUGGAAGAUUUGGGGUUGAAUACUUUUUGGAAAAAGGGGGAUAAGGAUUUGAAAACUACCAAGUUGCCCUCCUAUUCUAGUGGCAGAGUCUGCACUUUCCCGGAAUUCCUAAAAACUGAAAUCCAAUCCUCAUCUAGUGUUCUGAAUGGAACUACGCUUACUUCUGUCGAAGAGGGUUGGUAUCGCCCUGAUAGUAUUGAAGAACUUUACAAGUUACUGAAUUCUAAUGCAUUUGAUGAAAGAAAAGUCAAAUUGGUAGUGGGAAACACUGGCUCUGGCGUUUAUAAAGAUAUGGACUUGUAUGAUAAGUAUGUUGACCUCCGAGCAAUCCCUGAGCUUUCGGUGAUUAAAAAGGAUAACAAAGGCAUUGAAUUUGGAGCAGCGGUGACGAUUUCUAGAGCUAUCGAAGUGCUUAGAGAAGAGAAUGAUGGUGCUGCAGUCUUCAAGAAAAUCGCUGAUCACAUGAAUAAGGUAGCCUCGCCAUUUGUUCGAAAUACAGCUAGCUUAGGAGGAAAUAUAAUGAUGGCUCAAAGAUCUGAAUUUGCCUCAGACAUAGCCACAAUACUUCUUGCUGCCGGUUCCACUAUUUGUAUCCAAACACCUUCAGAAAGGUUAACUCUGACGCUGGAGGAAUUUUUGGAGAGGCCUCCAUUCGAUUGUAAAACCAUACUAUUGAGCAUAUUUAUUCCUUCUUGGAGUAUAGCAGGGACUGAACUGCUUUUUAACACAUACAGAGCUGCCCCUCGUCCUCUCGGCAAUGCCGUGGCUUAUCUCAAUUCUGCAUUUCUAGCACAGAUUUCUCCAUGUAAAGAAUCAGGCGCUUUUAUCUUGGAUAAAGUACAGUUGGCUUUUGGUGCGUAUGGAACACAGCAUGCCAUUAGGGCAAGGAAAGUUGAGGAGUUUCUAGUGGGUAAAGCCGUUACCACGUCUGUUCUACUUGAAGCAUUCGGGUUGCUUAGAGAAACAGUUGUUGCUUCCAAAGGCACGUCGCAUCCUGAAUAUAGAACAAGUUUGUCUGUUAGUUUCCUAUUCAGUUUUCUCCACCCACUUGCUAAAGAUUUGACAGAGCCUGGGAAGACUCUUAUAUCUAAUAGUGAUACUGCUAAAUAUCCACAUGGCUGUCUCAAUGGAUACGAAAACAAUAUGGCCUUAAAUCAUGUAUAUCAUGAUGACAGUGAUUUACAUUUUUCUUCACAGCAAGAAGUGGAGUUCAGCAAAGACUAUUUCCCAGUUGGGGCGCCAACUAAUAAAGCUGGAGCGGAUAUCCAAGCUUCUGGUGAAGCUGUAUAUGUGGAUGACAUUCCUGCUCCAAAGGACUGUCUCUAUGGAGCUUUUAUCUACAGCACCAGACCCCUUGCUCACGUUAGAGGAAUCAACUUUAACAAUUCUCUUGCAGCACAGAAAAUUGUCUCUGUUCUUACUGUGAAGGACAUUCCAAGCGGUGGGCAAAAUAUCGGAGUGUCCUUUGUGUUUGGGACGGAACCAUUAUUUGCUGAUUCGCUUACCGAGUAUGCUGGACAACCACUAGGCAUUUUGAUUGCAGAAACUCAGAGAUAUGCCAACAUGGCUGCUAAACAAGCUACUGUUGACUAUGGCAUGGAAAAUUUGGAACCACCAAUUUUAACGGUAGAAGAUGCAAUUAAGAGACAAAGUUAUUUCCAAAUUCCACCCCCUUUUGAUCCUAAAUCAAUAGGUGAUUUCUCCAAAGGAAUGGCAGAAGCUGAUCAAACAAUUCAAUCUGGCGAGGUAAAUCUUGGUUCACAGUAUUAUUUUUACAUGGAGACGCAAACAGCUCUAGCUCUUCCAGAUGAAGAUAAUUGCCUGGUGGUUUACUCUUCAAGUCAAUGCCCUGAGCUUACACAGAGUGUGAUUGCGAAGUGCCUGGGCAUCCCCUUCCACAAUGUCCGUGUUAUUACAAGAAGAGUUGGAGGGGGUUUUGGUGGGAAGGCAUUCAAAGCAAUCGCUGUUGCCACAGCAUGUGCACUUGCAGCACAUAAAUUGCGCCGCCCAGUUCGAAUGUACGUGGAUCGCAAAACUGACAUGAUCAUGGCAGCAGGGCGGCAUCCGAUGAAUGUUAAGUACUCUGUUGGAUUCAAAUCUGAUGGGAAACUUACCGCUUUGCACAUUGAUCUACGAAUUAAUGCAGGAAUAUCAGAAGAUGUGAGCCCACUAAUACCCGGGGCAGUCGUAGGUGCACUAAAGAAAUACAAUUGGGGUGCUUUUUCUUGCGACGUAAAGGUCUGUAAAACAAAUCUCCCAUCCAAGUCAGCAAUGCGUGCUCCUGGAGAUUUACAAGGGUCUUAUAUUGCCGAAGCUAUUAUUGAGCAUGUCGCUUCAGUUCUCUCUCUUGAUACCAAUUAUGUUAGGAGAAAGAAUCUUCACACCUUUGAGAGUAUUAUGUUGUAUUGUGAAGGUAACUUUGGAGAAGCUUCUUCAUAUUCUUUACCUUCUAUGUUUGAUAAAUUGGCAUUAUCUCCAACCUAUCAGCAACGCGUUGAAAUGAUUAAAAAUUUCAAUAGCGCCAACAAAUGGAAAAAACGGGGUAUUUCUUGUGUACCCAGUAUAUAUCAAGUGAGACUAAGACCAACACCUGGGAAAGUUUCAGUUUUAAAUGAUGGCUCGGUUGUUGUUGAGGUUGGAGGAAUCGAAAUAGGGCAAGGGUUGUGGACAAAAGUGAAGCAGAUGGCGGCAUUUGGUCUAGGGAAGUUGUGGGAGGAUGGGGGCGUGAACCUGUUGGAGAAGGUGCGAGUUGUUCAGGCUGAUACUUUAAGCUUAAUUCAAGGAGGAGUAACUGGUGGGAGCACCACAUCUGAAUCAAGUUGCGAAGCGGUUAGUUUGUCUUGUGAUAUUUUGGUUGAGAGAUUAAAGCCAAUCAAGGAUAGGCUGCAAGAACAAGCAGGCUUUGUUUCUUGGGGUGCUUUAAUAGCUCAGGCAACUAUGGAAAAUAUUAAUUUAUCGGCAAGUGAAUUCUGGACUCCUGACCAAACUUCUUCAAGCUAUUUAAAUUACGGAGCUGCUAUAAGCGAGGUGGAGAUUGAUCUUCUCACCGGAGCUACCACGGUUCUAAGGAGUGACAUUUCAUAUGACUGUGGCAAAAGUUUGAACCCUGCUGUGGAUGUGGGACAGGUUGAGGGUGCUUUUGUUCAGGGAAUUGGUUUCUUCGUGAACGAGGAGCACUUGUCAAACUCAGAUGGUUUGGUGGUCACGGAUGGCACUUGGACCUACAAACCCCCUACUGUCGAUACCAUUCCGAGAGAAUUGAAUGUUGAAUUAUUUAGUAGCGGAUAUCACCAAAAGCAUUUGCUCUCUUCUAAAGCUUCUGGGGAGCCGCCUUUACUUCUUGCAGCUUCAGUUCACUGUGCGAUAAGAGAAGCCGUCAGGGCAGCUAGAAAAGAGCACUUUUCGAUAACUGGGUCCGAGAAGUCUUCCUCUGUAUUCGAAUUGCCGGUUCCCGCCACAAUGCCUGUGGUCAAGGAGAUGUGCGGGCUCGACAACAUUGAGAAGUACUUGGAAAGCAUUUCUGCUCAUCAGUCAGUCAAAGUGUGAUUCGUCGUCGCGAGUCCUUGCAGCGUUAUACUAAAUACAGCCUUUUUUAGAGCGCUUUUUCGAACAUUUUGUGUGCUAAGACUAGAAAUAAGUUCAUGUCGUGUAGCGCUACGAGUUAUAAAAGGCUGGAUAGUGGGUUUUGUAGCAUGAAUAAAAUCUGAUACGGUUGGUUACUUGUUCUGUUUGUAUCCAUUGUAUAAAUGUUCUGGAAUAGCUUCUAUUUGCUGUGCUUCUUCCUUCUUUUUGGAGUAUACUUUUAGGGCUAUGUGAUUUAAGCUUAUAUUGUUUGAA